CUACAAUCGCAUUUGUAAAGUCUGCGAGCGGACCUAACGUUUUGAAUGAUGUGGCAACUUCAAGACUUGAAAAUGAUAUUUUUUGGACUUUACCUUCAGAGCCUUUAAUUCCAAUGAAGACAUCGUUACCUGAUCUAAAAACGAUUGCUGAUAAUCCUAGCAUCUAUGGUUUACCCGUCAAUUCUUUAAUUGGCACCUUAAUCACUCCAUGCACGGCACCAUCUAGAGUUCAAGAUAGUGCAAGCCUUUUCACUUUCCCUGUCACAACUGCCACUAAUGGGAAAGAUAUUUUCCCUGUAGCAGGAGAACUUUUUGUUGGUAAAAGAAUGGUGCAGAUCGUUGACAAAGAGAUUGAAUGGCUUUUCCCCGUUUCAGAAAACGCCAACAAUAAAGAAAACCAAAGUACCUGCGAAUCACCCAACAAAAGACCUGUAGGCCAAGCAGAUCUCAAUGAAGAAAGUCCUCCAGACCUGUCAACAAGAAGAACAACAAUGUUUCAAAAUGCAAUAAAUGCAGUCGCCACAAGCAGUAAAGGGAAGAACGCGCUGACUUGA